ACGACGACGACGAUCACGACGGCGACGUGGACGAGGACGAGGACGAAGACAGGGCCGCCACUAUUGUUGCCACUAGAACCGCAACUAUCAUCACACGUGCGGCUUCCAACGAUAACAACAACAACGACGAUUCGAGCCGCUUCUGUCUGUCACGCGUGACGUUGCACACUAAACAGCGCGACGACGUGGACACGCGCGCUACCCUUCUCCCUCACGCGCGUCUCACGCUCACGGUGCGCGUUGAAAGACGAGAGAAACGUCGGCGGCAGAGAGAGAGAGAGGGAGGGUAGGUCGACGCGGAAGGGAAACUAGGGCCGUAGGGGUGGAAAAGGGGUGGUAGGAGUGCGAGAGAGAAGGCGAACUCGACGACGACGACGACGACCACCAAGACCAAGAGGAGCGCCGGCGGUGGAAGGGGUGGACAUCCACGCGGGAACACGAGGCAGGCGCACCCGGCCGGCACGCGCACACACAUCCUAAGAUGUGAUUUCAAAAAUGGCGGAUUGCCCCUAUGCCCGCUGCAUACAGGAACGCAGACACAUCCGACGGGAGCUGCUGCGAUGGACAAAGAAUAUGGUCUUCGUAGUCGGUCUGGAACGGGUAGCGGAGGAGUUGAUGGGCCGUAGGAGAUGGAAGCAAUACCAGGACACCCUGUACAGCGGCACCCGCAGCAGCGAAUCAGCGACGGCACAGCCUCACCAUCGGCUUUAUCCGGCGUUGUCGUCGUCCUGCAACCCGAUAGCCGGGAGCCUGGAUCAGAUCGGGCCGCAUCACCAGGUACCCACGUCGUUGGCGUCGACGGCGCUGACGACGGCGACGGCCACGACGACGACGACGCUCGCUACCAGCGUGGUGAAGCAGGAGAGCCUGCAGAGGCAUCCCCUGCAGAAUCACCAUCAUCACCAGGAGGAUCCGCGUCGUCUGAGGCCGGGCGAGAUCAAGACCGAGGCCGCCGACGAGGAGCCCGUGGACGGUGUCGCGCGAGAGGACACCACGAGAACGGCGGACACGGCGACGGAAGCGGCGGCGACGACGACGACGACGACGACGACGGCGGCGACGACGACGAUGACGACGGCGGCGGCGGUGACGACGACGACGACCUCGUCCGCGACAGCAACGGCGACCGGCACGACGACGGUUACGACGAGACGGCGACGCGGACGCCGGCUGAACGACGGCGAGAACGUCGACGGCGAGGAGGACGGCGACGAGAACGACGAGGAGACGGGACGGGGCCAAAACGAGGCGGAGAAACGGCUCAAGCUCGACGGGGACGCCGACAGGUCGGCGACCAGCCCUCUCAGGACGGAAAACGAUCGUGCGAAUCACCCGAUUGCCAACGCUACCGACACGGAAGGGACCAAGGAACGAACGGAGGAGAUCGCGUUGGAGCGGGCACCGGUAACGCAGGGCUUACUGAGGGUAAAAAAGGAAGAGGAGCUACAAGAGGUGUCGGGAGCCGCUGGCGGCGGCACGACGAUACUGACGACGCCGGCGACGGAUUCGGAAGGGACCAGGUCGGGACUGUUAUGCCGCGAGGGAAACGCGACGAGCGUCGCGACGCCGUUUCUCCUUGGAAGACGCACCAGCCCGCCGCCGGAGGACUGGAAGCCGCUCGACAAGUGUUACUUUUGCCUCGACGGCAAGCUACCCCACGACGACCAGCCGCCCCUUAGUCCGCAGAGCGACAGUAGCAGCAGCUCGCGAUCGGCGGAAUCACCGAUGUCGGUCCAGGUGGAUCCGAUGGCGGCGUCCGUGGUCGCCGCCGCUCUCAGCGGCACUUACCCCACCCUGCUGCCCCAAUGGUGCUUACCGCCGAGGGAGGCGCCCCUUGUUGGGGUGCAGACCCACCAGGACAGCGCCGCGGCGGCCGAUCAACCGCUCGAUCUCUCGGCAAAACCCAGAAAUUCUCAGGACAACAACAUAUCCCUACUAGAGCAACAGAAAAUACCUCUGAGAAUGCCGACAGGCAUCGAUCCCAAGACUAUUCUCAACUCGUGUUACCGCGCGAAACCGCGAAUGACCGGACCGGUUGCGGCCGCGGCGGCGGCAGCGGCGGCAGCUGCGGCAGGCGUCGGUGGUGUUCCAGUGGUGGGUGCCGGGGGUGGCAGGAGGACUUACACCGAGGAGGAGCUGCAAGCCGCCCUUAGGGACAUCCAGAGCGGCAAGCUCGGCACGCGAAGGGCGGCGGUGAUCUACGGGAUACCGCGUAGCACGCUGCGGAACAAGGUCUACAAGCUCGCGAUGGAACGCGAAAGGGACGCGUCCCUGACUAGCACCCAUUCACACCCUCACGAGCCCGGCGCCCCAGCCACCACCACCACCACCAUCACCACCACCACCACCACCACUACUACUACUACUACUACUACUACACCAAAAACGACCCAAAACGCCUCCGCGACCACUCCGCCCCCGCAAGUGGACGAGGUGGACGAUAAAGAAUUAUCCGGCGCGGAAGAGGAGAAGGAAGUCGAGAAAGCCCUGCUGAAGCCUCUGCUCUCGUUGGAGGAUCUCGUCAGGUUCUCUGCGUUCGAAGGAACCGGUGGUGAUUCCCUCAGGAACCUGUUACAACGGGGACACGAGACAGGAACCGAAUGGCCGGGACUGGAACACGCCAACAUCGGUCCUUACAUUCAGAAGAUGUUAGCUGCCGCUGCGCCAUUAGGGCUGGACACGCGAGACUAUCGCAUACCGGAAGUGGUGAGGAAGCUGAUGAGCGAAGAUAAGAGGCUGAACAAGAAUGUGAACGGAGACCAGUCGCAGCCACAUCAUCAGCACCAUCACCACCAUCCCCUAGCUGCGCAUCAACAGGCGCAAUCGCAGCAACAGCGCGUACCCAUGACGAACGACGACUUCAAUCCCAACAUCGAGGAGGAGGCGAGCGACAGCGCUCAGGGCAGAGCGAUACUGAAGAUUCCGUCCUACAAGCCCGCCAGCACGCCGGGCUGUUCCAGCAAGAACGGCGAGCCGACCUCCGCCGCGUUCGCCCAGGGCUUCGCGACUGCCACCUCGAGUCCGGGUCUUCUGGAGCGAGCUAGCCCAGCGUUUUCCGGCACCAGCAGCCCCACGAAUUCGCUGGUGGGCAAAGCGGUGGCCGCCGUCAACUUCCGCGACGUCAUCGCCAAAAGCAUCAGCGUCAAGUUCCAGGAGGGCCAAACGCCCGGCGCGGCCGGUAUGCCGGGUUGCCAAUCGGCCGGCGUCGUUUCGUCGCAGCAGACUAUGAUGACGGACCCGAGCCCGUUCAAGAGGGGCCGUUACACGCCCCCGCAACCACCGCAACAGCAGCAACAGACGCAGUCGUCGCAGCAAGCCAAGCAACAGGCGCAAGACGCGAAAUCGAAGCCGGGUACCGGCGGCAAGGGUACCAGACCGAAACGCGGCAAGUACAGGAACUACGACAGGGAUAGCCUCGUCGAGGCGGUACGCGCGGUACAGCGCGGCGAGAUGAGCGUGCAUCGGGCUGGCAGCUUUUACGGAGUUCCGCACUCCACCCUUGAGUACAAAGUCAAGGAGCGGCAUCUCAUGAGGCCGCGAAAGAGGGACCAGAAGCAACCGGACGACAAAUCGAAGGAAACCGCGACGACGGCAGCGGCAGCGGCGGCCGCGGCGAUGCGGCCAGGCGCUGCCGGCGUCGACAAGAAACCGCAGCUGAAACCGCAGAAGCCGUUUACGCCGCCGGGCGGCAUCCCCGGUCCGAACGGACUGAAAAUGCCUCCGUUCAUGGAGGGCAUGCCUCAUCUGCCGUUCGCGCCCUUCAAUUUUUGGAACCCGGGACCCUUCAUGCCCUCGCCUUUCAUGGGUGGCGCACCGAACGUGCCGAUUCUACCGGAACAAUAUUUUGCGUCACAGAGAAUGCGCGGGCUACAGGAGCAACAACGAAACGCGAUGGUACAGCAACAGCAACAUCAGCAACGAGACGGUGUGACCGUAUCCGGAACGCCAGACGCAGCCGGAACCUCGAAUUCUCGAAGCGCGUCGAUAGCGAAGGCGCCGCGCGACAUGGUGGAAAGCAUCUAUGACGGGUCCGGGGCGAACGGCAGUUUCUUGGACAAUCUGAUCAGGUCGAGCCUCGAGACAGGCAUACCAAGGGACCAGCGGUCGAUGGCGGAAGUGAGGAACCAGCAGCAACAAUCAUCGUCGCAGGGACAACAUCCGGAGACGAUGAGCAGCAAGACGUUGAUCGAUCAGCUUUGCAGAAAUUCAAGGAGAACUCCGCUGCCGCGGAUCGCGCAAGACAGUAGCGAGGACGAGAGUUAUCGAGGACCAGCGGGCAGGAUAGUGCCGGAAAGGCCGGAACGUGUGCCUACGGUUGAUCUCAGCCCAUCGCCAUCGGAGAGGGGUCGCACGGAGGACGGCAGCGAUCGGCUCACCUCACCACCGACGCCUCUGUCGAUCUCCCGAGCGGGUAGCAGGGACGAGGAUAGCACCCGUGACUCGAGGAUCGAUCGCAGCAGCAGAGAGCGCGAAGUUCACAACGGCGGCCAGGAGGAUCGCGAUAGAAAGCAGCCUUUGAACCUGCAACAGCAACCACAGCUGAACCAUUACCCGGACUUACACAACCUCUACGCCGUAUCAACUGACAAAAAAAGUGCCUGUGAUAGUAAGCUUAUAGUAGAUCAUUCGAGCCAGAAGACUCAGCCGCAGCAACAACAAAAGGAAUACGCUGCCGUGAGCGGGCUGGUCGUGCAACUGCAGAGGGGCUACAACACCGCGAGCAGUAGAUCCGGCGAGUCGACUAACAGCCAACAGCCGGCGGCGGAGCAACGUGGCCCCGCGCUCAGCAUGGAGGACUCCGUAGAGCAGUAGACGAAAGUCAGUAUCAGUUAUCAGUAAAGUAUACAGUUAUGAGUACCGUAAACAAAAAAAAAAAGAAACAAAAGGAGACGAGGAUCCGUAUAUACAGUAAGCCCACAUUCCCGCCCAGAUCUCUCCGCCAUCUCUCACACGCACCGAACCCGUUCUUGCGCCUUCUCUCGUUGUUGCGCACCGCGAACGAGGCUUCCCUUCGCGCUCGAGCACGACGAGAAACCUGGCGAGAACAUUUUCGCGCCGAAAUCUGAACGCGUUCGUGAAACGCGCGGCGCGUUUGCGAGGAGACGAAGGGAAUCCUCGGAUACGUCGGCAACGCGAUGAUACUCCGACUAUUCCAUACACACUCUCCUGCUCUCUCCCAUAUGACCUCUUCGUUCCAAUCGAAAGAAAAGAAGAAAAGAGAAACCUCGAACGUUGCGAGGGGCAAGUCUAGCGCAAAAAGGGGAGAAGACAAAUGGCAAUGUGUGUGACGCUAGCACAACCAAUCCCCGUAAACCCAUUGCGAUUCCGCCAGUUAUAACCCGCCGUAGAACCCGCGUCCAGCUGGCCGCGGCCCGGCCGAUCUGGCAUCAGGCGCGUGUGCAGGAAAAAUAAAAACGCUUUCGACUAUAUAGGCGAAAGCAUGGAUAUUUCGGACUGGAGUAUCACAGAACGAAACAGAUAAAGGAUACACGCGCGCGAUAUAUAUAUAUAUAUAUACAUAUAUAUAUAUAUAUAUAUAUACAUAUUUAUCGUGCCGAGUACUCGCGCACGGGACACACGCUUCAGCAGAUGCACGGACCCAUUCUACAAACGCGUUUCUACAAGCCGGACAUUCCACGAAAACAUCUCUCUCAAAUGUAUCGACAACACAACACAGCACACAACAGUGACAUUACACAUGUCUACGAAACGAGUAUUCACACAUACGCGAGUAUACAAAAAAAUGGGGAACAUAACGAGAUACUUAGGCGUUGCGCGCGUACACGCGUCGUAACCGAGAUCUUGUCACUCUAUCUAAGAGCAGUGGCUCUUCCUUCGCAUCGCGAGUUCCAAUUUAAAGUCGAUCCGAAGCCUAUUUUUACCUUAAACUCCAAAGAGAAUCGGUGCGUCCGAGUCUCUUUGGUCUCACGAUCAUUGCGAAUUUGUCAUAGAAAGAAGGCGAUAUAUAUAUAUGUAUACGACGCGAUGUAUGCGCGAAACGCGAAAGCGUUAGUCGUUCGAUGAUUAUUAUUACGAUUAUUAAAUUAACCGCUACCACUACCAAUCGGUGGACGACGACGAAAGGUCAAACGAUGGAACAAAAAUGCCGACGCGACAACAUAUUUUUUCCUCUCUAUACUGAGUGUAAAAUUAUCUAAUGCAAAAGAGAAAAAAAAACUUAUUACUUAACUACUUUAACACUACUUAACUCGUAAGGAGCGACAUAAUUAUAUAAGGAAUAAUAUAUUAUAUAUACAUA